AUGCCCCCAGGAACUCUCCUCAGGGUUCAGCGGUGCCCCCAGGGGAUCUUCCAGAAGCAGUGGGGCCCCAAGGGCCGGUGCGUCGCCCUUAGGGGCUCUCCCGGGGCUGCCGGUGCCCCGAGGGGCCUUGCCAUGGGUGGCGGCGCACCCAGGAGCCCUGCCAUGGGUGGUGGUGCACCCAGGGGCUUUACCAGGUGCGGUGGCACCCACAGGGUCUCUCCUUGGGGCACCGGUGCCCCCAGGACACCUCUCAGGUGUGGCGCCCUCAGGGCCCGCCAAGGAGGAACGUCACCCCAGCCCGCCAAGGGGUGCGUCGCCCUUAGGGGCUCUCCUGGGCUGUCAAGUGCCCCUGAGGGGCCUUGCCAUGGGGUGUGGCGCACCCAGGGGCUUUUACGAGGAAGUGGUGGCGCCCACAGGUCUCCAGGGGCACCGGUGCCCCCAGGACACCUCUCUCAGGUGUGGUGGCGCCUCAGGGCUCCCGCCAAGGGAACGUCACCUGCAGGCCCAGCCAAGGGGCAACGUCGACACCCCAGGCCCACCAAGGUGCGUCGCCCCAGGGCCUCCGGGGUUGCUGGUGCCCUGAGGCCUUGCUACAGGCGACGCACCCAGGGGCCCCAAGCAUGGGUGGUGGUGCACCCAGGGCCACCAGGUGCGGUGGCGCCCACAGGGUCUCUCCUAGCACAGGUGCCCCAGACACCUCAGUUCCCCAGGGACCUCAGUAGGGAGGCUCUAGGGGCCUGCUGGGUGAGGGAAUGUCACUCCCCAGGGCCUGCCAUAAACACCGUCACCCCCAGGCCCGCCAAGGAACCUUCAGGUGUGGUGGCGCUGGCCUGCCAGCUGGAGGAACGUCACCCCCCAGGGGCCCGCCAAGGGGACCGUCGCAACCAGGGCCCGCCAGUGGUUAACGUCGCCCCAAGGGGCUCUUUUUCUUUAGGGAAAGGAUACACCCCAGGGCUCUCCUCAGAGUGCGUCGCCUUAGGGGCUAUCCUGUGGGUGUCGGUGCCCCUCAUGGGACCCUCUCUUCAGGUAAAAGUUAGUACCUCAGGCCCAAUUACAGGGGAAACGUCGCCCUUGGAGCCUGUCAUAAGUAACGUCGCCCCAAGGGGCUCUCUUUCUAUAGAAGUGAUGCCCCACGGGCUCUCCUCAGGGUCAGCGGUGCCCCAGGAGAUCUUCCAGAAGCCAGUGGGCUCUCCUGGGGCUGUCGGUGCACCUGAGGGCCUCGCCAUGGGGUGGCGGCGCACCCAUGGCCCUGCUGGCGGUGGUGGCGCACCCAGGGGCUUUACCAGGUGCGUCGCCCUUAGGGGCUCUCCCAGGGCUGUCGGUGCCCCGAGGGGCCUUGCCAUGGGUGGCGGCGCACCCAGGAGCCCUGCCAUGGGUGGUGGUGCACCCAGGGGCUUUACCAGGUGCCGUGGCGCCCAGAGGGUCUCUCCUAGGGGCACCGGUGCCCCCAGGACACCUCUCAGGUGCGUCGCCCUUAGGGGCUCUCCCGGGGCUGUCGGUGCCCCGAGGGGCCUUGCCAUGGGUGGCGGCGCACCCAGGAGCCCUGCCAUGGGUGGUGGUGCACCCAGGGGCUUUACCAG